AUGAUAACAUACAUUGUAUCUAUUUUAAGUAUCGUUUUUGUAGUUAGUUUUGCGGGGUUUUCUUCUAAGCCCUCUCCUAUCUACGGAGGUUUAGUCUUGAUUGUUAGUGGGGGUGUAGGGUGUGGUAUUGUGUUAAGCUUUGGAGGAUCUUUUUUGGGUUUAAUGGUCUUUUUAAUUUAUUUAGGGGGUAUACUUGUAGUGUUCGGGUACACUACGGCCAUAGCCACUGAGCAAUAUCCUGAGGUUUGACUUUCUAAUAAGGCUGUACUAGGUGCAUUUAUUGUAGGUCUGUUGUCUGAGUUACUGGCUGUUUGUUAUAUUUUAAAGGAUGAUGAAGCCGAGGUAGUAUUUAAGUUUAAUGGAAUAGGAGAUUGGGUGAUUUAUGACACAGGGGAUUCAGGAUUUUUUAGUGAAGAGGCUAUGGGAAUUGCAGCUUUAUAUAGUUAUGGUACUUGAUUAGUUAUUGUUACUGGAUGAUCUCUCCUUAUUGGUGUAUUGGUAAUUAUGGAAGUCACUCGUGGAAAUUAA